GAAAUUAAGAAGCAACUGCAAGCUGUCGAUGCGAAGGCGGUCAUUACAGUGGUAGAAAUUGCACGGAUCGUACUCGAAGCCACGAGAGAUACUCUCGCAUCUGGAGCACCCUUCGUGGUUAUCGAGGAUGGCAGCGGACCUAUUCCCGAGGGCACUGUGCCGUUUAAGGAUCUUAUCACGCGAGGCAAAACGUUACCGCCUAUAACCAGAUAUCAGUCGUCACCGGAAGAUGUGGCCGUUUUGCCAUUCUCUAGCGGAACGACAGGCUUGCCAAAAGGGGUCAUGUUGACGCACAACAAUUUAGUCUCUAAUAUGCAAAUGGUGGACUACACGUGCAAAAAUCAAUUGUGGAAGACUACAACCGCCGAUUUCCAAGAAGUAUUACCCGUAAUAUUACCUUUCUUCCAUAUUUUCGGGUUCAACACUUUAGUAUUGCCGCGUCUUGCCUGCGGCACAAAAUUAAUUACCAUUCCUAAGUUCUUGCCAGAGCUAUUCAUUGGCGUUUUAACGAAGCACAGGGUGACGGGCCUGUUCAUAGUCCCGCCGAUACUUUUGUUCUUCAACGUUUGCACAUUCCUGAAGAAGCAGAAUUUCGAGAGCAUGCAUCACUUCAUCACCGGAGCGGCACCACUGUCGAGCACAGACGUGGACAACUUCUAUCGAAAGUAUCAGCUGAACAACGACCAAUUGAAAAUCUGUCAAGGAUACGGAUUGACGGAGACUUCGCCGGUUGUGUGCCUGGACGUGAGCGGCACGAAAUCAGGAAGUAUCGGGAAGAACAUCGCUGGCUGCGAAUUGCGAUUAGUCGAUCCAGUUACAAAGGAAGAUAUUACUGAUCAGGGUCAAACCGGUGAAAUAUGGGUUAGGGGGCCUCACGUUAUGAAAGGGUACUUGAACAACGAGAGUGCCACGAGGGAAAUGAUCGUCGAGAACGGUUGGCUGAGAACGGGAGAUAUCGCUUAUUACGACGAAGAAUUUUAUUUCUUCAUCACGGAUAGAUUGAAAGAAUUAAUCAAGGUUAAAGGAUUUCAGGUGCCACCAGCUGAAUUGGAAGCUGUGUUAAGAACGCAUCCAGACGUUCAGGAAGCUGCCGUGAUCGGCCUGCCGGACGAGAGAUGCGGCGAGAUACCUAAAGCAUUCGUAGUAGUCAAAAAAGGUUCGAAAGUAAGCGAGGAGGAUAUUAAGGAGUUCGUUAAAGGCAAAGUGUCCGAGUACAAACAGCUUCAAGGUAAAGUUAUUAUGUGCGAAAGUGAGGAUUGACGCGAAGCAGAUUUCCCCAAGUUGUUAAAAUGACGUAGAUUUUAUCAUAUUUUAUUACCAGCCUAUGAAUGCUUUACAUUCAGCGCGCCUUCUUUUUACAUUUCUGUACAGUGCGAAGUUGAAUGAAUUCGAUAUUUCAGGAGGAGUCACGUUUGUAAACGAUAUACCAAAGAACGCAAGCGGGAAAAUCCUUAGAGCGAAAUUGAAGAGUGAUUACGUGAAA